CAAAUGGACCAUAAUGCGUUCAAAAGAUACGACCCGACCGUCCAAUCAGCGGAGAGAACCCCGAUUGUUCCCCAAACAUCCGGCAUGCAGCCUUCAGACUGCGGGCAGCGCUCUCUCUCUCCUUUCCGUAAUCCCAUUAAAUCAAUUAGGUACUAAAACCAGAGCGAUCGUUGAUGUGACCACGAGGCCGCUGCAGCUACAGAUCAGCUGGUGGCAGCAGGAGGAGCACAGUCACCACCUCCUCACACCUCCACAGCCCGUGCGCCGCCGCGAGGAGCGGUCUUUAUUUUUGCACACUCCUCACUCACUUCUUUCUGCAGACCCCCCCCCCCCCAAUCCCACCCCAACGACCCCCCCAGCAGUCCUCCGCACAGGAUGGCCGGCGACGGGGCCACGAUCAAGAGCCGCAUCCGGAAUCUGCUGCUGCGAUCCCCGUCAGCCAAGCAGAGGAAGAGCCGGGAGAGCCUCGGCAGACAGGUGACUUUGGAGAAGGUGCUCGGAAUCACAGCUUCAGGAAACAGCGGUCUGACCUGUGACCCCCGAUCCGGACUGGUCGCGUAUCCUGCAGGGUGUGUGGUGGUUUUGCUGAACCCCAAAAAAAAGAGACAGCACCACAUUAUCAACACAUCAAGAAAGACCAUCACGUCUCUGUCCUUCUCGCCCGACGGCAAGUACCUGGUCACGGGAGAGAGCGGACACCUGCCGGCGGUGAGACUUUGGGACGUGGAAGAGCGAAGACAGGUGGCGGAGCUCCAUGAGCACAAAUAUGGCGUCUCCUGCGUGGCUUUCUCCCCCAACAGCAAGUUCAUUGUCAGCGUGGGGAACCAGCACGACAUGAUGGUCACGGUCUGGGUGUGGAAGAAAGACGUUGUCGUGGCUGCCAACAAGGUGUCCAGUAAGGUGACAGGUGUGUCUUUCUCUGAGGACAGCUCCUACUUCGUAACCGCGGGGAACAGACACGUCAAGUUCUGGUAUCUGGACCACUGCCUGGCCAGCAAGGCCAGCGCCCCCGUCCCGCUGCUGGGCCGCUCGGGGCUGCUGGGGGAGCUGAGGAACAACUUCUUCUGCGAUGUGGCCUGUGGGCGGGGCUCCACCUCUGACUCCACCUUCUGCAUCACCUCCUCGGGCCUGCUGUGCGAGUUCAACGGCGAGAGGAUGCUGGACAAGUGGGUGGACCUGCGGACGAGCGCGGCCCAGUCUCUGUCUCUGUCCGAGGACACGAUCUUCUGCGGCUGCGCCGACGGGACGGUGCGGGCCUUCAGCAGCGCCGACCUUCACUUCGCCUGCACGCUGCCGCGGCCGCACCCGCUCGGCACCGACGUCGCGGCCGUCACGGAGCCCGGCCACCUGUUCUCCGCCAAGGCGUGCGGCCGUUACCCGGACGUCGUUGCGGUCACCUUUGACCCCGUCAGCCAGUGGCUCAGCUGCGUCUACGACGACCACAGUCUGUACGUGUGGGACGUGAGCGACGUCAACAGGGUGGGGAAGGUGCACUCUGCCCUCUUCCACGCCGCCUCUGUCGGGGACCUGGAGAUGUUCCCAGAUGUUCCCGGAGAAUCCGGUUUGUCCACUGGUGCGUUCCUCAGCUGCUCCGCUGAUAACACCAUCAGACUGUGGCGCUCGGACGACAGGACGCGAGCUCCUUUUCGCUCGCGCAACAUCCUCAGCAGCGAUCUCCUGAACAUAAUCUACGUAGACGGGAACACCGGCGCUUUGCAGGAUCCAGAAUGUUGGACCAACAUGAACGCGGACAAACAAGGGGACGGACAGACGGCAGAGAGCAGGACCGGCAUCAGGACCAUCUGCGUCAGUCCGGACGGCAGACACCUGGCGUCCGGGGAUCGCAGCGGGACGCUGAGGGUCCACGAUCUCAGGAGCUUGGCGGAGAUCCUGAAGGUGGAGUCCCACGACGCCGAGAUCCUCUGCCUCCAGUUCAGCAAACCGGAAACAGGUGUGAAGCUGCUGGCCACAGCCGGCAGGGACCGCCUGAUCCACGUCUUGGAUGCCGAGGACGACUACGCUCUGCUGCAGACUCUGGAUGAGCACUCUGCGACCGUAACAGCCGUCCGCUUUGCCGCCACUGACAACAAGGUGAGGCUGAUCAGCUGUGGAGCCGACAAGAGCAUCUAUUUUCGCACUGCACUCAAGACCGAGCGAGGAACAGAGUUCAGGCGUUCGCACCACAUGGUGAGGAAGAGCACGCCGUGCGACAUGGAUGUAGACCCCACCUGCAAGUACGCUGCUGUCGGCUGUCAGGACCGCUGCAUCAGGGUUUUCAACAUCAGCAGUGGCAAGCAGAAGAAGAUCUACAAGGGCUCGCUGAGUGAGGACGGCAGUCUGCUCAAGGUUCAGCUUGAUACGUCGGGUCAAUACGUGGCCACCAGCUGCUCCGAUAAAAACAUCAGCAUCUGCUUCCACACUGGAGAGUGUGUGGCCACCAUGGACGGACACUCUGAGAUCGUCACUGGGAUGAAGUUCACCAACGACUGCCAGCAUCUGAUUUCCGUGUCGGGGGACAGCUGUAUCUUUGUGUGGCGACUCGCUCCGGAGCUGACAGCCCGCAUGAGCGAGAGGCUCAGCGAGCUCCUACAGCACCCGAACGCACCGCCCUGCAGGGCCGCCGGUCUCAGGAGAGAGGCGCACGACGCCCCCACGCCGGGCGGCCCGUCCUCCGACAGCGACCUCGAGCGCGAGGAGGACGGGGCAGAGGACGACGACCCGGAAGACGCCGCGGCCGACGCUUCCUCCGACAGCAGCAGCAGCAGCCGCGGCGAGGAGGACGCAGGUGGAUCAGAUGAAGGACGAGACUGGGAGCUGGCAAAGCGCGCAUCCGUCACCCAGGACCCACCCGACUCCUCCAAGCGCCCUCGCAGGCGCUGGUCCCAUCGCAUGGCCCCUCUGGAGCUGAUGGUGAAAUCCAUGCUGGACCUCAGGCAGCUGGAGACCUUUGCGCCCAAGAAAAGACCCAGAGAGAGACAAAGCACGUCCAGCCUGCAGGAGGCCGCGCCGCACUCGGAGGAGCGACCCGCGUGGCGUCGGGCCCGACCGCGUGGCGACUGGCUGCCCUGGCACCCGUCGGAGGGCAUCGGGAGGGGCGACGACGGAGACGUGCUGUACCCCGAGGAGGGCGAGCGCCACUCGAGUCAGCAGGGCGGUGAUUAUACGGUGAAGGAGCAGCGCUGCAGGACGCGAGCGAGCCGCAGGGAGAGCAAGGAAAGCCGCAGCCCGGACAGCGCUCGCUCGCUGGGCUACGGCAGCAGGGACUCCAGCCCCGAGCGGCCCCCGCGCGACGUGGAGUCCCUGAGCCCCGGCAGCUCUGAUGAGGAGCCCGAUGAGGGGGAGGAAGAUGAGCGCGGGGCGGAAGUGACGAGUCUGGACCGCGCUCUGAGGACGGUCACUGAAACCGCUGACGAUGGCGAGGAAGAUUUCCUCAAGCACAACUUUGAGACGCCGAAUGAGAGCUGCAGCACGGCCGAGCAGAGCAGAGUCCCUCGGCUCAGUAUGUCUUCACGCUUCCUGGCCAGAGGACACAAUGACAGAACGCCUCUUUUUGCCAAAGCGCCCGGAAAAGAGCCGUGCAGCCGCUCGGCUAAGCCCCCUGUGUCGAAAGUGCGGCCCUUGAUGGAAGAUAACCGGAGCGGAAACCCAGCGGACAGGGUCCCGGUGUCCCCUGGCCGGGUCGAAGGGCCAAAGCGAGAUGCUGCAGACAGAGACUGUGCUGCCGCGAAGAAGGCGAAGACGACGCGGACCCACCUGUGGAGGACGUCCAACGCGCCAUCCAAAGCGCCGCUGUCCAAAUCUCACUCUGUCCAGAACCUGUCCUCAGAAUCUCUCCACUCCCCCGUGACCUCUAGUGACCGGAGGGAACCACGCAGGAGACCUCAGCAGCUUUCCCUGUUCCACGACGCUCCCCACCCUUCCUUCCACUUUUCCUCACCCUCCAACGGUUCCUCCCAAUCCCCCGACUCCCCCCUGCCGUGGGAGAGCCCCAAGCUCCGGCCCCACUCCUACAUGAACCCCACGGCCAGCUCCAUGGCCAAAAGCAGCCGCUCCACCUCGCUGGGAGACGUCAUCCAGCCGGGCUCUCCGCCCUGCUCCCCCCUCUUCCACCGGGGCAGGAGGUCGUCGGUGGAGCCGGAGGUCGAACCGCCGUCCCUCUCAUCGCGUCCCGCACUGAGCAGUCCCCCCCGGACUCCUCCCCGUCCCCCGGCCGCGGUUUCUCCCUCUCCGAACAGGCCGCCCUCCCGCAUCCCGCUGCCCAAACAGCAGCUCAGCCCUCGCCGCAGCCUCUGCCUGGAGGAGAUGGCGAGCUCAGGCUGCCCCGGCGGAGGGCAGGCGGCCGCGGACGUCGCGCCCACGCCGGUAAACAGAGCGCCGGGCAGGCAUCGCUCUUUGGAUCCUUCUUUCCUGAGUUCACUCCCCGUGAGGCAGAAGAGAGACUCCGUUUCCGACAGUGCCGGAGCCAAAGAGUGCCCUCUGCUGCCCGAACAGACCUGCACGUCCAGCGCUGAUCCCCAGCCAGGUCCGGCUGCCCUGCUCAACCUGUCCGUCGCUGCCGUCCCCCCCCUCCGUCACCGGCCCAAGCCCGUCUGUCAUCAAGCGUGUGUCUCUGGGCCCCCCCACUCGGAGGACGUGGAUCCCUCCAUCACCUUGGAAACUUGUCGGCAGGCUGUUACGGAGCUUCGCAACAGCCUGAAGAAAACCGCGAUGUUCUACUCUACGGUCCUUCAAAGCGACCGGCGGCUCGGUGAGGACCAGCAGGAAAUGAGGAGCAUCCUGUCCGAGGCCCUGGUCGCCGUCAAGGCCGAGCUGGACUCGCUGCCUCACCCCGCCCGGGUGGACCCAGGGGUCAAAGGUGAAGGGGAAAACACCCGGGCUCUGCUGGAGCAGUACGCUGAGCUGCUGCUGAGGUCUGUGGAGAGGAGACUAGAGAGCAAGACCUGAGCACGAUUUAUUCCAUGCGCACACACGCAUGAUAUUUGCACGGAGAUCUUUGGAACUUUAUUCACGGACUGAAUGGAGAGAACAUGUGAAAGACAUGAAUGCUGAGCAUUAUGCACUGAAACCCAGUAGAGGUUGCCUCAUUGUUUUGUGUUGUCACAGCUCUUUGUCUGUUUUUUUUCUCCACUUUUUUAAAAUCAGCUUUCGUGAAGGUAAUGAAAUAUAAUUAUUAUGAAGGGAGACACCAGAAGGUCGAAUGAAGUUACACCGAGAGGACUUCCAAACAGCCAGUAGUGAGGACACAAAUGCUAAAUAUGUCCUUCGGGUGGCGUUCCACAAAGUCACAUUUUUAUGCUCUCGGGUGAAAUUAAUGUGCUCAGCUAUUUGUAACAAUUCAUGAUUAUUUUGCGAGAAUAUAUAUUUUUUUACAAUUGAAUACUUUUGAAUACAAUCUGAAUUGUGCUAAUGGUGUUUAAUUACAGAUUUCUUUAGCUGAAGCUAGUUCCUUUAUGUGUAUAUAAUAAGCAGUAUUUUUUAACGUUGCUUCUGUAUGUUUUCGUAGUGACAAUUUUCAAUGUUCUACUGGGACUUUAUUUUUCAAUAAACAAUGAAAACGUGUGACCAGA